ACGUUUCUCAAGUGUUUGUUCGCGAGGGUAUAGGAAUCUCGAAACUUUUAUCGAUCAAACAAGGAUUAAAAUAAGGUAUUCAAUAAUAAUAAACUGGCGUCAGAUUAUGGAAAAAGCAUUCGAAGUACAAAAACAAGUACGCGAUAAUGCGAAAACAGUACAGAGUUACAUGAGUGACCUGCUUAAUUGGGAGACCGAAAUGAAGAGAAAAGAAGCAGCAAUUAAUGGGCAAUAUGAACAGGAUUUGCCACCGGUUCGAAGCAAAAUAAAAAAGGACAAACCAUUGGUAGCCAAAAAGAAACAAGAUAAGAGAAUCUCUGCAUCAGAUUAUCAGGCAUGGGAGAAAUUUGAUGCUGACAAAGCAUGCAAAGACGUGGAGAUUGCAGACAUUGGUCUAGCUUCAUUAGACGGCAAGAUGAGUCAGCAGGUGAAACAGGAGAAAUUGAGAGAAGAGGCACAAUAUGAGAAGGAGAGGGGUAACACAUUUGUGAAACAAGAGAAGUGGGAUGAAGCAAUAUCGUGCUACAACAGAGCCAUUGAACUCGUCAAAGAUGAUGCCAUAUACUUUGCUAAUCGAGGGUUUUGUUACUUGAAGAAGGAUAGCCUUCAUCAAGCAGAAGCGGACUGCACUGAAGCCCUUCGCCUGGACCCAACGUAUGUGAAGGCGUUGCAACGCCGAGCCACCGCCCGGGAGAGGCUGGGCUCGCUGCGGUCGGCGUCCCAGGAUCUCGCUCAAGUACUUCAGAUUGAACCUCACAACAGCGCGGCUAGGAAACAGCUAGACGCCAUAAGAGCUAGGAUGGGGACAAAAGGGACAAAAUCAAAGUCGUCACCGUUAUCUACUCCAAUGAUGGAAGCCAAACCGGUAUCUCCAAAGUGCUCGGAACAAAAAAUCGUGCAAGUGUCCAAUGAUGUCACUGAGCAGCAAGAACCUAUUGUGGAUACUUGGAGGGAAGGAGUGGGUGAAGCAAUUACUGUAUUGAAGCCAGUGAAGAAACCACCACAUUUGAGAUCUAAGAGGCAACUUAAAACGAUUCCAAUUCAUGAGAUACAAUUGGGUAAGACAACAGAGAAGUUAUUGUCUCAUCUCAAUUUAAUAGAGAACGAGGUGAAUCAUCCCGCUGAAACAGUUAACAAUGAAUCGAAUAAAACUGGAAUAGUCAACGAUAAGGGUGCAGGUGACAUAUCUAGUCCUGAGUCAGUGAAGUUAAUAUCGGAGGCAGUGGCCACGGAGAAGGAUGUGCAGAAACUGGUGGCGCCCGUCAAUAGCGUUCAGUUCAUGUCCCAGUGGAAGUACCUCAAAGGUCAAGACGAGGUCAGAAGCUAUUAUUUGAGUAUCAUAGAGCCGUCCCGGAUACCGUCGAUGUUCGCGAACGCUCUGGAGAGCGACGUACUGUCGGAGCUCAUCCGCGCGCUGCACGACCACGCGCCCAGCUUCCGCCACAGAACCGUCGCGGCCUACCUCACGGCGCUCACCCAGGUCAAGAGGUUCUCGGCGCUGGCGAUGUUCCUCUCCGCCGCCGACAAGCGACAUCUAAAAAAUCUAUUGGAGUACUGUAGGAACGAAGAGAAGUGCAGCGAGCAAGAUAUCGCCGAGCUAACGGAAAAGUAUGAACUAUGAAACGGUGUUGUGUAGUUAAUUAUAUUAAUAAAGUUAAAUAUUGUUUUUCGUUUUAUUCACUUAAAUAAAUAUUGGUGCCUUCUGAACUA